AUUAACACUGUACCUGAAUUCAUCAGUAUCAUUGAAUUUCAUUAGUGAGGAAUGAAAAGCUUCUGUAGAAUAUAUUAGUGAUUUAUAAUUUUCAAUCUGUGAUUUUCUUCAAUUCAAAAUGGAGGAAUGCUAUCCCUUGGAGAAGGAUAAUCCAAGAGAUCAAGCAAAUAUUAUUUCAAAGUUGUUUUUUGCAUGGAUGGGAAAAAUAUGUGUUGAAAGCAAUAAACAAGGUCUAGAACUCAAAAGCAUUUAUAAGUGCAGCGAUCAUGACAAGUCUGCGAAGCUGGGAGAUAGAUUGGAAAAAAAUUGGUCCAAAGAGUUGGAGCGAAGUAAACUGAAAAAUAAGAAACCUAGUUUGCUCAGAGCUCUUCUGAAGACCUUCCUCUGGAGAUAUCUAGCUUGGGGCUUGCUGCUCUUCCUCAACAAUGUGGUCUUAAGAGUCGCUGUACCUUUGAUUUUAUCAGAUUUUAUCAAGUUAUUCUCCAGGCCAGAUCACACUAUUGAAGAAGUUGCUACGUAUGGAGGCAUAAUAUGCGCUAUGACACUCACAACAGCUUUUUUGAAUCACCACUCGAGCUAUGGUGUCUCUAGAAUUGGAAUGAGAAUGAGAGUUGCUGUAUCAUCACUCAUUUACAGAAAGAUUUUGAGAUUAAGUCAACUUUCCUUGGGAAAAACAGCUGCUGGUCAAGUUGUUAAUCUUUUAUCGAACGAUGUUGCCAGGUUUGAUUUGGUGGUUAUGGCCCUAAAUUUUAUUUGGAUAGGACCACUACAAAUCUUGCUUGUGGGAUAUCUCAUGUGGAGAGAAAUGGGAAUCAGUUCCAUGGUUGGCAUAGUUUCUAUGAUUAUCAUUACUCUUCCAGUACAAUUGUUUAUGGGUAGUGUAACCUCAAAAUUCAGGAUGCAAGUGGCCAAAAGGACAGACUAUCGUGUGAGGAUAAUGAGUGAAAUUCUCAGCGGUAUCCAAGUCAUCAAAAUGUACGCUUGGGAAACACCAUUUGAAGCUGUGGUCAAAGAAGCCAGGGCUCGAGAAGUCAAAUACCUGAGGAGAGCAGCCUACAUCAGGAGCGUCUUGGUCAGUUUCAUGGUUUUCGUAGAAAGAACAACUCUGGCAGUUACGGUAAUCUGUUACGUCCUCAUGGGUCACCAAAUAAGAGCCGAUCUGGUCUUCUCUUUAGCCAUGUACUUCAACUUGCUACAACUUACGGUUGCCAUCAUGUUUCCCCUAAUUAUAUCCUUUGGAGCGGAGUCUCUAGUGUCCAUCAGGAGACUCCAAGAGUUCCUAUUGAUGGAGGAAAAAGACACUUUUAUGAUACGUGAAACUGAGGAUAACAGUAUACGUUUAAAGCAUGUGGAUGCUUGCUGGGUACCUCCAACCUCCACCCUCAAAGGUAUAAGCAUCAAGCUGCCACCUGGUGUUUUAUGCGCAGUAAUUGGUCCAGUAGGGUCAGGAAAAUCUUCUCUUCUUAAACUUCUUCUAGGGGAGUUAAUCCCUUCUUCUGGUGUUGUGGAAUUCAGCGGUGAUAUAUCUUACGCUUCGCAGGAGCCAUGGCUCUUUGCUUCUAACGUCCGUAAUAACAUUCUUUUUGGAGAAGAGUAUAACAGAUCCCAUUACAAAACCGUAGUAAGGGUGUGUGCUCUGGAGAAGGAUUUCGAGCAGUUUCCUGAAGGAGAUAAGACGAGAGUUGGAGAUAGGGGAGUUUCGCUGAGUGGUGGACAAAGAGCUAGAAUUAAUUUGGCGAGAGCUGUGUACAAAGAUUCAGAUAUCUACUUGCUGGAUGAUCCAUUGUCCGCCGUUGAUACUAAAGUAGGGAGACAUCUAUUUGACAAGUGUAUCUUGGAGCAUCUUAGGGGAAAAACGAGGAUAUUAGUGACGCACCAACUGCAGUAUUUGAAGAGAGCCGACAUUAUCAUAGUUCUCAAUAAGGGUUGUAUAGAAGCGCAAGGCACAUUCGAUGAAUUGUCGCGAAGCGAUCUUGACUUCACAAGAUUAUUAGUGGCUGCAGAUGAAUCUUCUGAUCAGGAAAAUUUACAGAAACUGCAGAGAAUUUCUGUGGCUUCAGUAGCGACAACAGUUUCAUUGACUGGAGAAUUGGCAACUGAGGUUUUAGACAACGAGAAUAUUGAAGAAAAAUGUACUUACAAAGGAUCGCCUUUUUGGGCUUACAUCAGAAGCGCUGGGAAUUGCUGUACAUUCAGUGUCAUAAUAUUCCUCCUUCUUUUCUGCCAAGUUCUCCUGAGUUCCUCUGAUUAUUGGAUAACAGUUUGGACAAGUCAGGAAGAGUUUCUUCGUAGCAUGGAAUACCUCAACCAAACAUACAAAAAUCUUCAGAUUGACCCAGAUCCAUAUAUCACAUAUAUAGAUGUUCGAAACAUCUUCAACAAUGAAUCUGAAAUCAUGACGUCUUGGAUGCAAGACCUCAUGGAUAAAGUAGUCACUCACGUGACUAUAAAUGGCGUCGAACAUAUGAUUUGGAAAACUGAAGCUCAGAUGUACAUAUACGGAUCUCUGAUCAUAGCUGCUAUAGUGGUGACCAUUAUAAGAUCAAUAGCGUACUUUGCCGCUUGUAUGGCAGCUUCUAAGAACCUUCACAAUAAGAUGUUCCAUUGUCUGUUGGAGGCUCCGAUGAGGUUCUUCGACACCAAUUCCGCUGGAAGAGUUCUGAACCGAUUUUCCAAAGACAUGGGAGCUAUUGAUGAGAUGUUGCCUAAGGCUCUUGUGGAUGUCAUACAGAUUAUGAUGGUUGUAUGUGGUAUUCUUGUGAUGGUUACUCUUUCAAACCCUUACAUGUGUAUUCUGAUAGUGAUUUUAGGAAUAAUUUUCUUCUUGGUGAGAAUUUGGUAUAUAAACACAGCUAGAUCUCUAAAGCUACUAGAAGGAAUUGCGAAAUCCCCCGUUUUCUCAUACAUCAGCUCAACAAUCAAUGGAUUGACUACCAUUAGAGCAACGAAAAACGAGAAUAUUUUAGUGAGACAAUUUGACGAACAUCAGGAUGUUCAUUCUUCCUCAUGGUGUUUAACAUUAGCUUGUGCUAGUAGUUAUGGUCUAUGGUUGGAUCUUAUAUGUGUUAUCUUUGUGUGUUGUGUUGUUUGUGGUUUUAUAAUUUUAGACCAAUAUACCGCCGUUCAAGGCAGUUUUAUAGGGCUAGGAAUAUCCCAAUCAAUGAUUUUGGUUGGUAUGCUUCAAUUCGGAAUGAGACAGGUAGCUGAAGUUGUGAAUUACCUGACCAGUGUGGAAAGAGUGCUCGAGUACACACAGUUAGAAAGAGAACAUCCUCUAGUCACUCCAAAAGAUAUGAAGCCCCCAGAAAGUUGGCCUAGCAAAGGCAAAAUCAUAUUUCAUAAUCUGAUUUUGAGGUAUGCCGAAAACGAUCCACCAGUAAUCAACAAUUUAUCUCUACAAAUUUAUCCAACAGAAAAGAUCGGUAUAGUAGGAAGAACAGGAGCAGGAAAGUCAUCCUUGAUUGGAGCCCUAUUCAGAUUGGCCCUCAUUGAAGGCAAAAUCAUAAUAGACGACAUUGACACCAAAACCUUAGGACUUAAAGACCUACGUAAAAAAAUAUCUAUAAUACCUCAAGAGCCGGUGCUGUUCUCUUCUAGUAUGCGAUACAAUUUGGAUCCAUUCAACGAAUUCAGCGAUGAUCAAUUAUGGGAUGUUCUUGAAGAAGUAGAACUCAAGGAUAAGAUACAGAGUUUGGACUUCAUGGUCACAGAAGGUGGGAGCAACUUCAGUGUGGGUCAGAGGCAGUUAAUAUGCCUAGCUAGGGCAAUAUUGAGAAACAAUAAAAUAUUGAUUUUGGAUGAAGCAACUGCCAACGUUGACCCUAAAACUGAUGAACUAAUCCAGAUGACAAUAAGAAAAAAAUUCAAAAGGUGCACCGUCCUCACAAUAGCUCAUAGACUAAACACAAUUAUGGACUCUGAUAAAGUGCUUGUGCUGGACAGUGGAUGCAAAGUAGAAUUCGACCAUCCUCAUGUUUUACUCCAAGAUCCUGAAGGAUAUUUCACAAGAAUGUUGAACGAAACUGGUCCUGCAAUGACACAAACCUUAAGGGCCUUGGCAUUUGAUGCAUAUCAGACAAAAAUGCCAGGAAUACUUUAAUGUCCUCAAAAUUCUUUUUUUAAAGGUGUCAACGUUUCAUUCAUACUGUUUAAGUUCAGUAAAUGUGGCAAUCAUUGCCAGUUCAAGACAAUUUUAUCCUCUUCGAAAUGAUUGUUUUUUUUUUGUAAAUAUUAUCUUCAAAUUUAUACAAUAAAUGCUAUUGAGUAAGGGGCAAUCUGUUGUGACUGUAUUGUUUACUUGAAAUUUAUUAUAUAAUAAAAUAUC